AAAAGGCUUCUUCCUGGACGCGCAGCAGGAAGGAAAGAUCUCAUCGAGACAGACAGUGAAGAAAACUCUUCUAGUACUUCAAGAUGGGGCGUAUGCAUUCAAGAGGAAAGGGGAUCUCUGCAUCUGCUUUGCCGUACAAGCGUUCACCUCCCGCUUGGCUCAAGACCACCGCGCUCGAUGUUGAUGAGUCGAUAUGCAAGUUUGCAAAGAAGGGUUUGACACCUUCUCAGAUUGGUGUCAUUCUCCGUGACUCCCACGGUAUCCCUCAGGUCAAGAGUGUUACCGGUAACAAGAUCUUGCGUAUCUUGAAAGCACACGGUCUUGCACCUGAGAUUCCUGAGGAUCUCUACCACUUGAUCAAGAAGGCAGUUGCUAUCCGCAAGCACUUGGAGAGGAACAGGAAAGACAAAGAUUCCAAGUUUAGGUUGAUUCUUGUUGAGAGCAGGAUCCACCGUCUUGCUCGCUACUACAAGAAGACCAAGAAGCUUCCUCCUGUCUGGAAGUACGAGUCUACUACUGCCAGCACCCUUGUUGCUUAGAGAGAGCACGGAUUGAAUUGGAAGUUCUUCAAGAACUCUCGUUUCUAUUCACUUUGUGUAUCAACUGGAUUUAAUUUCUCAUUUUCGUGUUAGUGCUUGUUUUGUUUUGUCAUGUCACAAUUGUGGUUUUAAUCAUUUUCAAGGAAACUUAAAUUUUA